AUAAAAAUAUAAGAGUUUGUUCUUAACAAUGGACAAAUCUGAUUGGUUCUUAUAAUAAAAUUCGACCAAUCAGUUUAAGGUAAUAGACGUAGUACAAAGUGUCGCAAAUAUUUAUAACCUGUUCAAGUUAAACAUGUUCAAGUAAAGAAAAUUAUAUUAAAUUCAAAGAAAAAUUAAGAAUAUUAUAAUCGAGAAACAUUAAAAAGACUGAUUUCCAUUACUGCAACAUAUUUGUUUUCUGCAAUAUGUUGUUACAACAUUUCAUCAAUAAAUUGAUAUUUGAUGAAUUAAUUAAAACCAAUCAUCAUUUGAUUAAUGUGAAAGGUUUACAAUAUUUUAGCACUGGAAAUAUAUUAAUGGAACGUGUACCACGUAAUAUAAAGGAUUGUUCAAAAUUUUUAUGUGGUGUAAAAUCUAUAAGUCCAGAAGAUACAGAACCAAAAGCUGAAACUGAUACAAGUUUCUCUUGGUUUAAACCAGAAGCUCCGUCAACUCAAUCAUUGUCUUUAGGUAAUGUUAAAAUGUGGUGGGAAUAUAAUAAGAAAUUAUUAUUUGUUAAAGAACAAGAAUUUAAUUCUGAAAGAAUGAAUCUAUUGGGUAGUAACAUAGCUGCUGCAUAUUUCAUUAUUGAAUGGAAUGGAAAAGUAAAGUUUAAAAAUUCUGAUUGGUUAGCAGCAUCAAAGAAUAAACCUGUACGUUUACCAAAUUCAUAUAAAUCAAAUUAUGUUAUUACUUGUAUUGAUGCAAGUAAUACAUUAAUAUCAUACGAAGGACUUAAAAAUAUGGAUUUCCUUUAUCAUUUAAAAUGGCUCAGUUUUAAGGGCUGCGAAUAUAUUGAUGAUUGGUGUGUCGACAAAAUAGUUGGACAAUAUCAAACAUUAGAGUAUUUAGAUAUAUCUGAUUGUAAAAAUGUAACUGAAAAGGCAUUAGAAGCAUUAUACAAAUUACGCAAUCUAAGAAUAUUAAUAGUAACAAAUCAUAAUAAAUCUGCAGCAUUUGAAUUGACAUGUUUUAUGUUAGAAGAAUGUAAUUCAAAUUUAAAAUGCCAGAUUUUUAAUUCAUGGUAUAAUAAAUCAGAUGAUAAAAAGAAUCAAUAGAUUAAUAAUUUAAUUGUAUAAAUAUAAUAUAUGUAUGUAUAAAUAAUGUCAUGUAUUCUUAAUGAUAUUUCUUAAUUUAUUUUUUUCUCUAUACUUUUUAACGUAAUAUAAUUCAGCUUUAUUGGUGAUACCGUAUGUUCUUAAAUUUUCUCUAUCGUUUAAGAGCUGUACAUCGUCGAAACAUAAGUUAUAUUUUUUCCAAACGUGUUUCCAACUUAUUUUCUUCUUAAUAUUAUCUCUUUUGAAGCACAAAUUUGUAUGUCUCUUGAUGGCUCUUUUUAAAUCAAGUACCGUAGUUGUAUGAGUAGGUACCUAAAUUUAAACAAAUAAAAGUUAUUUCAAAUAUACAAAG